GUUACGGAAAUAGCGUAGGGAGGCCCCGCUGGCCGUCCAUUGAUUCCUGCUCCUAGGACGUGGCGAGUCCCAGGCAGAGUCGCCUGAACGAGAAGGCAGGUCGCCGCCUGAGGAGACGCCGGGCAGCUGGGCUGGGGCCAGACCCGCCUGCCGGGGGCCGCCGCGCCCCGAGCCGGACAGCUAGAGCCACCGACCCCGGCCGCUGCCCCCGGGCCGGGCUCGGAACCCCGCCAUGUGGCCCCGGGCGGUGUGCGUGGCCCUGCUGGCCCUGGCCGCGGGCUACCUCUUCGUGCGGGAGCCGGAGCUGCCCGGCGCGGCGCUGCGCUACCUGGCCGGCCGCCUGUGGGCCGAGCCGGCCGAGAGCAGCAUGGCGGCGGCCUGGGAGGCGCUCAUCACGCGGCCCGCCCGGCCGUGGAGCAGAGUGGCCGUGGGAGUCAAUGCCUGUGUAGAUGUAAUCCUCUCCGGUGUGAGGCUGUUGCAGGCACUUGGUCUUGAUCCUGGGGACGGGAAAGAUCAUGCUGUCUUGAAUUCCAGGAAGGACCUGAAAGAAGCCUUCAUCCAUUUCAUGCAGAAGGGGGCAGCUGCUGAGCGCUUCUUCAGUGAUGCGGAGACCUUCAAUCACAUUGCACGAGCAGCCUCAGAGUACCCAGGGGCACAGCUCUAUGUGGGAGGAAAUGCUGCCCUAAUUGGUCAGAAACUUGCAACAAAUCCAGACCUGAAGAUCCUUCUUUGUGGUCCAGUUGGUCCUAAACUCCAUGAACUACUUGAUGAUAAUGUAAUUGUCCCACCAGAAUCUAUGCAGGAAACAGAUGAAUUCCACCUUAUCUUGGAGUAUCAAGCAGGUGAAGAAUGGGGACAGUUGAGAGCUCCCAAUGCCAACCGCUUUAUAUUCUCCCAUGACCUAUCAAAUGGAGCCAUGAACAUGCUGGAGGUGUUUGUGUCCAGCCUGGAUGAGUUUAAGCCAGACCUUGUAGUGCUCUCAGGGCUUCACAUGAUGGAAGGGCAGAGCAGGGAAGUGCGUGAGAAGAGACUUCUGGAGGCUGUGACUUCCAUCUCUGAUAUCCCCACUGAUAUCCCCAUACACCUGGAAUUGGCCAGUAUGACUGACCAGGAUCUCAUGAGCAAGAUUAUGCAUCAGCAGGUCUUCCCCCUGGUGAACUCUGUCGGGCUAAAUGAACAGGAGCUGCUGUUCCUCACCCAGUCGGCCUCUGGUCCUCAUGCCUCCCUUGCUUCCUGGAAUGGAGUUCCAGAUGUGGGCAUUGUCAGUGACAUCCUUUUCUGGAUCCUGAAGAAGCAUGGAAGGACCAUGGACAAGGCAUCUGAUCUUACCCGGAUCCACUUCCACACACUGGCAUAUCAUGUUCUGGCUACAGUGGAUGGGUAUUGGGGCAACCAGAUAGCAGCUGUGGCUGCUGGAGCCAGAGUGGCAGGGACACAGGCUUGUGCAACUGAAACCAUUGAUACUGACAGAGUCUUUCUUAAAGCUCCCUUGGAGUUUGUGACCUCCCACACAGAGGCACCCUCCAAAAUCUCUUUAAAUCCAGGUGAUCCAGUGGCACAAUGGCACAGAGAGGGAAUUUCAUUCCAUUUCACCCCUGUUUUGGUGUGUAAAGAUCCCAUCCGGACCGUGGGACUUGGAGAUGCUAUUUCAGCUGAAGGACUCCUAUAUUCAGAACUAUACCCUCAGUAGCCUAUGGAAACGAGACGCCUUUUUCUCCAAGAAUAUAGUGUCUGAGGAAAUAUGGUGUUCUUCAGGGGAUUUCAGACAGUGUGGUGGUGGGUGGAAUUUGGGAUAUUAAACAGUCUCUGGAUAUUAUCUGAGAAGAACCAAAGAAUACAUUCCAGCCACUUGGCAGUGACUUGAGAGUGUUUCUCAUGUUAAUGUAAAAGUUGUAGUAUUUUAAUUCAGAGCAUGGCUUUUUGUCUUUGUCUUAAGCAUGUCAGGAGGAGGAAACUGAUACCAAAAUCCCUCUUUGGAGCAGAGUUGCUGAUUGUUAAUUUAAGACAGUCUUGUCUAUAGUGCUUGAAAGCAAGGCAGCCAGACAGAAUUUCAUGCUUAUGAAUCCCAGGGAGUACACAGCAGUCCUCAGCCCUGUCUUGCUUCUGAUAAAGCAAAAAUAAAAGGCUCUUGCAUUAUCUCCUAGCAGCAUAUUGCUACAUGGCAAGAGCAACCCUUCCACUUGCUCAGUGUUGUGAUCAUAUCGCUUAUUGACAAAAUUACCUCUCAACCUCAGCACCCGAAGCGUAGGAGGGAGCAGAGUAAACAGUGCUGAAAUGUGAUACGUCCUGUACAUAUUCCCUAAAUGCACAGAGCUGGAGAGUGCUUUACUGGAAGCUCUGUAAAUUGUUUUGGGUAUCUGUGCAGGUGGGGAUGCUAGACUGAACACACACAAGCUCCUUUUUAAUUUCUGGGUAGGUCAGAGUAAGAUAUUGAAGACCUGUCUUUUGGGAGAUAGCUUAGGUGCUUGUUUAUCUUACAAUGAGCCUCAAAUAUAAGUGUGGCUUAGUUGCACAGAAAUCGCCCUGUGUUUCAGCUAGCGAGGCUCACCAUUUAUGCUUUCUUUUGUGGUGUAUGUUCAUGUCAGCCUCAUCCUCCAGUUUAUGGAUAGGCUAUUGCUGAUGAUGACUGGAUUUAUUUUUAUGCUAGUGCUGUUGCAUAAUUUUCUUGGACACGCAUAUCUUUGAUUUGGAGGGGUCUUGUUCUUUCGGGUGGUUUCUGGAUAGGUAAGUCAUUACUGGUUUUAAGGUAGCUGAACUGACCUGUCCUUCACAUGCUAGAAAUCCUCCUCGGGUACAAGUGAGAAAUGCUAGGAAGAAGACUUCCAGUAGAGAUUAGAAGUAUUUUUGGGGUGUGUAGCACAGUUUGUUUAUUAUGAAUUGCCUAUCUGCAUAUAAUUCCACUGCUUUGGGCAACCUCAGAAAUCACAGGAACAGAGCAUGGGCGUCUUACUGUCAGCACCACAAGAAAAUUGCCUUGUAUUGUAGCAUAUAUUUAGCUUAGCAUUUUUUUUUUUUAUUAAACAUGUUGCUCAGAGGACCAUUUUUCUCUUGGUAGCACUUGUCUCUAUAGUAUUGUGCUAAGGCGUUCUCUGUUGCCUGCUUCCCUUUGAGAAUUAGCUGAAACUGUAAGCCUACAGUUGCACAGAAGCAAAAUACAAGUCUACUUCAGUGCUGAUUGAAAACUCAAUAUGACUGGCAUGUCUAUGUAAUCCAGUUUCUUUCCCCUGCUACAGGUAUGUAAGAUUAACAACUGCAGACCCUCUGCAUUCAGGAACUGCUUUGUUAAGUUUAAAAAUGCUGGACUCCAAAAAUUUUGGUAAAGGUACAAACAAUGAUUAUACCAAGUAGCUGCGAGAUUUGCUGUGUGUGGAGUCUGAAGAGACUAUGCUAGGGAGAGGAUGUUUUUAGUUGCCAUAUGAAUGAAAAGUGAAACAGAUUGCUGCAGUCAGAAGCAGCUUUAAUGAGACUUUUUUUUUUUUUUUUUUUAAAGGGAAAAAGGUGUGUCUCUCUGUCCUUAAUGUGUCUCAAUCAUUGGACAGAGUUCUGCUCUUACAAACCACAACCUGUUCAGCCUGGCCGUGCAUUCGUCUCAGCUAUUUAGGCCUACCACAAACAUCAUCAAGAAAACCAGAAUAUCUGUAGUAUCUAAUGGAGACAGGUUAGGACUUGAAUCUUUCAUCCCUGCAGCAUAAAGCUUGGUACAAUUGAAUGAUUAAAAAUCUUCCAUCCGUAACAGUUACCCUCCAAGCCAUGUCUCCUGUGUAGCACAGUAGAUCUAAGUUUUGUAGCAGGGACCCUAGAGUCAUGUAGCCCUGUGGGAAUUGUAUAAGUCAGCAGCGCACCUAUUCGGGCCAAGUCUGUAAAAGCAUCCCUGUCCUGUAAGGGGACCAGAUUGAAUUUCUCAGAGUGAAUUGAUCUGAUAUAGUUGCCUGCAGUCAUGGUUGGUUGAGUCUGGCAGCACAAACCUCUCCCCAUAUAUUGUAAAACUAGCAGGAUGUGGCUAAUGGCAUUCUCUCCUCAUAUUGGUAUUGCUGUCUGUGGAGUUUUCCUGUAGGGAAAACCAGAGGACUGAUGUAAUGUGGACUUGUGGCUCACACACAUUUAAAAUCAGAUAAGCCCCAAAGGGUGCUGUGUGAGGGUAUAAAUUAGGAGCUGUUGCAUGCCUUCCUGACACCACACAAAAUGGUGUCCAGUCCACUUGUAACUACUGUUGGCUUGGGGAUUCAGAGAAAACCCAGAAUGGUGGAAAAUUCUCUGAGGAAAGAGUCUGCAAAAGGUGAGACAAGAUGAUCAUGAUGGUCCCUACUGGCUUUAAAGUCUGAGUCUGUCAAGGUUCCUUCCCCACUCUGAACUCUAGGGUACAGAUGUGGGGACCUGCAUGGAAAACCCCCUAAGCUUAUUUUUACCAGCUUAGGUUAAAACUUCCCCAAGAUACAAACUAUUUUACCUUUUGCCCUUGGACUUUAUUGCUGCCACCACCAAGCGUCUAACAAAUAUAUAACAGGGAAAGAGCACACUUGGAAACUUCUUUCCCCCCAAAAUCCUCCCAGGCGCUACACCCCCUUUCCUGGGGAAGGCUUGAUAAAAAUCCUCAACAAUUUGCAUAGGUGAACACAGACCCAAACCCUUGGAUCUUAAGAACAAUGAAAAAAGCAAUCAGGUUCUUAAAAGAAGAAUUUUAAUUGAAGAAAAAGUAAAAAUCACCUCUGUAAAAUCAGGAUGGUAAAUACCUUACAGGGUAAUCAGAUUCAAAACAUAGACAAUCCCUCUAGGCAAAACCUUAAGACACAAAAACAGGAAUAUACAUGCCAUUCAGCACAACUUAUUUUAUCGGCCAUUUAAACAAAACAGAAUCUAACGCAUAUCUAACUAGAUUGCUUAUUAGCCCUUUACAGGAGUUCUGACCUGCAUUCCUGCUCUGGUCCCAGCGAAAGCAACACACAGACAGAGAGAAACUUUGUUGUCCUCCCCCGUGCUUUGAAAGUAUCUUGUCUCCUCAUUGGUCCUUUUGGUCAGGUUUCAGCGAGGUUAUCUUAGCUUCUUAACCCCUUUACAGGUGAAAGGGUUUUUCCUCUGGCCAAGAGGGAUUUAAAGGUGUUUACCCUUCCCUUUUAUAUUUAUGACAGAGUCUCUUCUGCAUCACCAGGGCAAGAGGAAGGAACCAGCUCUGUAGUGCACAUCCUACAGUUGGUGUCUCAUUCUAGCUUCACCUUGCGGUUUGACAUUCAUUUCAGUCAUGGAACUUGAAUAAGAGUUCAUUGAUAUCCAAACUCCUCCUCCUUCAGUAAAUUGUGUCUUCAGUUUUGAAGGACAGCGCUUUACUAUUUUUAUAAAAAAGGCCAAUUUGCUUCUUUGACUAACAGGUCUGAGGCACCUGCCAUUAGGAGAAAUGUACAUUAUUGUGCAACCUUUGUGAACAUAGACUGUGGGCACAGAAGCACUAGCACUACCAAAGACCAUGCAUCCUGCCAAUUUAGGAAUUAAUCCUUUGCUUUGGCAGGUGCAAAUUUAUUCAAAGCCAGCAAAGCUAUAUGGAUUUUUGACUUAGAGACAAAAGAAAAAUAUGUACAGGCUGUUGGUUACAGAGCAAACCUGACCGCUGUGAUAUUUUACAUGUUUCUUCAAAAAACUAGUGUUAAGACCUUAGAUUUUCAGGACAAAACCCAAGAUUGCAUGGGCAUAGGGCAGAUUCUGGCUCAGAAAGUGUACAUGAAAAUCCUGGAGUUUUAAGAUUUAUUUUUUGAAAAUAUGUUUUAACUAUUUUGACUAACCUCAUUAAAUAGGCAGAUCCCAUAGACCAAAACGAACACUUAAAAUUCUACCCAUCUUAAAGACCCAGAACCUGAGUUUCUUUCCAUGUAGAGGAGUUCGGCACUCAGGUCAUUCCAUAGAGACACGACCGACUUACACCCAGUAGGGUCUGAACUUGAGUGCGUUUGAAUUUAGAAACAAAACCCUGGAAAAUGAUAAACUACUUUUUACUCCCUUGUUUUUUGAUAGUAAGAUUCUUUCUGACCCACUAAUAUUUCUUCCUGGGCUUUCUUGUGACCUGGCAUAACUGUGUUGUAUUGUGUUUCCACUUUAAUAUGUGCUUUGAAUUAGAGCAGCUUAUGAUGGAACCGAUGGUGCUCUUGCCAUAUUAUGAAGCAGGCACAUGAUACUUUAAGGUUAGGCAGCUUAACUUAAUCUCACUGGUUCAAAGUUACCAAAUUUCCUUAGUGAGAAUAAUCCUUAAUCAGUAGGACUUAAUGGUUGACAAAUGUUGCCACUAUCUUCCUGGCUACCUGUUGAAAGAGCCCACACAGUAACCAGCUGAAACUGGAAGGCAGCAUCCUGCAGUUCUUCACUCCAUGCUUUCUGUGCCCCAAACCAGCUCCACUUAACUCAAAUGUGCCUUUCCAGGCCAAACAAUGGAAUGCACAAAACAUGAGUUUCAGCCAGAACAUUUCUCAUUCACUUUUAGGGCACUGUAUGUCCACGAGCGUCUCCUUCCUAUAUCUGAUGCAAUAGUGCUAGCUCUUCACUGCUACUUGGUAUUUUGAACUGCCUUUGUUGAGUAAUAGAAGUGGAAAAAUUACUCUCACUAUUCCCAGUGCUAUUUCAGUUAUCCCAGCUGCAAUGCCAUUGUUGCCAGCUCUAAAUUAUACUCAAAGCUGUCUUAUUGCUAUGAAACUUUGAGCUAGAAAAUGAAUCAGCAGAGUUAAAAGCUGGGGUUUUUAAAAAAUUUUUUAUGAGCAUUAAAAAAAAAUCCCCCCAAACCAUAGCUUGAUUUUUGUAGAAGAUUAAGCCCUGUAUUGUGGGCAUGUAAAUGAAUUUCUUAGCCCAAUGGGCUGUAAGAAUAUCCAGUACUUGUUUCACUUUUGUGAAGGGAACGCUAAAGUAUCAAAUAUGCUUUAAAAUAAUUUUGAAACUGUUCUCACCGGCAUUUCUCUCUCUUCUCUAUAUUACUAUGAAUCAUACUAUGAAACCCACAUAGGUAGAGGAUCCAAACCUUGAUUAGCGUUAGGCUCCUGAGCAGGACUUUCCCAGCUAUUCUGUAGGCUAGGGAGUGUCUUACCUUCCAACUGCUGCUGACACAAUACUUGAGCUCAACAGCAUGGUAUUAAGCCAGCAGGCCUGUGGCUGCUAGUUGCUCAUUAAGGGCAGCUGCAUUUGUGAUGUGUUCAUUUCUAUCAGUAUCCAGCACAGAACUUGCUUAGCUAUACAGCUGCAAUAUUUACCCUUAUCCUUUCCUAAGUUUGAUCAAAACAGUCAUUUAAACCUUGCUUUAAAUUGUUAAAAAUAAAGUCUGGCAAAAAUAGCUUGUGGAUCAGUGCAGGGCAGAUAGCCCUUGAAGUUGCUUCGCAGUGUCCUUGGUGCUGUGAUGCCUCCCCUGCAAGGAUAGAGCCGAUUCCAGACUCGGCCAUUUAAAUUCUAGAGCUCCAUUUUUAAGGGCUGUUUUCUUGCCACAUGAAGAUACCUAGAAGUGUCACUAAACUACUUACUUUUCUUCCUGUGUCUCAGAUCUUUCCCUGUGCAGUAUGGGAAAGCUGGCUAAGUCCACUCUUUACUUGCUAGGCCUUUCUUUUAAAAGGAAGGGGGGGAGGGGGAAGCAGUUCCUGAAAUUGUCCUGUCAUUUACCUUAGCCUUUAGUACCUCUCAGUAGAGACUGCAUCAGCUGAUGGAACCUAGUCUGCUGAUUUCACUUAGCCGCAGUUGUGGAGAUGCCAAUUCUGUGUAUCUGCAGACACCUGUGGUGCAACCUGCAGUGUAUGGGUUUGUCUUUUUGUCUUUCUCUCAAGAAAGUUAUUUUAAGAACGGUUUGCUUAAGGUAUAGGCUGCUGCUUCUGGCAUGUGCAGCACUGCAAUACAAGGGAUUAUAAGCGAAAUAAAAGGCAUGUCCUGUGUUAGACUGUGAAAUCCAUUGGCAAUGGCUGUGCUCUGCCUUGCUGAUUUAUUUGUUGUAAUUAUGUGUUGAACUUUCAGGAACAACUGAGUAAUUAUGUGCCACAGGCAGUUUUCUAAUCAUUUUCUGAAAUAUGGUGAAGUGGCAAUUGGGAACAGACUCUCGAGAGAAUGGCAAAAGCAUAGCAUAAGCCAGCCUGAUUACAUGAGUAAUCUCUACCAAUUUCUGCAUAUUUUUUUCUCAGAGCUUAUUGCUUGGUGGGGAAGAGAACACUUCAUUUGUAGAUAUCCCAUUGGUUCUUUGCAUUAAUCUUGAGAUAUCUGGCAUAGGUGCUGGUAUACAUGCAUAGAGCAAAUUCUUUUGAAGUGGUGCUGUCAAGUACUUCUGCCUCAAAACCCAGCUAUUGGAGGAGGGUGGCAGUGGUGGUGCUUCCGUUUUGAGAAUAUAGGUAUCUACUCACUAGCUAACAAACACAAUACAGUGCUAUCAGACCGUAGUCUACUGAAGAGCAUGAAAAGCACACAUGCAGCAGCUGUACUCAGUCUGGAUACUGCACCAAGCAGUUAUCAGCAAUAAAAAAUGGCUGAGCAAGACAGGAACUGGUGCUUCUCAAAGCAGAUCCACCUCCUUUAUUUUCCUUUGCACUGGGUGAGACUUACUGUUUACAGCCCUUUGUCUUUCACCAGCCAACUAAAGCAGAGGCUACAACAAAGUACUGUGUUUGAAUGACAGAUGUGAGACUACAGCAGAGAGAUUACUAAAUAGAUGAGACAAGCCCCCUUCCAGCUCUGAGUGGGCUUGGGAAGUCUAAACAGGAUAUAUGAAUGGUGUUGGAUCCCUUCUUGCUGCCUUCUCUCUCUCUCUCUUUUCUUAAUAGAAUAUACACCCACACAGGGGCUUGGCUGAAUUUGAUUUUUUAUUUUUAUUUUUGACAGAUACUGAUUCUUAAAGCUUUUUUUUUUUUAGAUUAUCAAUUUAAAUUUUCAUGGUUGUGGGAAAUUACUGGGCGGGUGGGUCAGAGUAAUAAUUUAAUGACAAUAUUAAUAUUAGUUAAUAUUGAGAUUCAAAAAGUUAGUUACCUAAAUGGCACCAAUGCAAACAAUACGAUAUGUUUUAUACACAUUAAGGUGGAACUUUAAGUAAUUCUCAGGCAACAUUAGUUUUACUUGGGCUAUCUAAAUAUCGAUCAUCAUAGCUAGAAUUACUUUUUCAUGGGUUUGUGUGUGUACAGGGAGAUCAGUGUUUACUGACAUGUACAGAUAAGACUAAUCCUUCCAGGCCUAAAUACAUACCUGGGGCUGGUGCCAUCUACAUUGGGUUUAUAACAGGAAUGUUCUCAAAUUAAAAUAUAACCAAACUACAUAAGAACAGCCAUCGUGGAUCAGACCAAACAUCCAUCUAGCCCAGUAUCCUAUCUUCUGGCAGGAGCCAGUGCCAGGUGCCCCAGAGGGAAUGAACAGAACAGGCAAUUGUUGAGCAAUUGAUCCACUGUCAUCCACUCCCAGCUUCUGGUGAAGUGAGGCUAGGGACACUCAGAGCAUGGUGUUGCAUCGCUGCCCAUCCUGGCAAAUAGCAGUUGACGGACCUGUUCUCCAUGAACUUAUCUAGUUCUUUUUUUAACCCUGUUAUAUAGUCUUGGUCUUCACAACAUCCUUUGGCAAGGAGCUGCACAGGUUGACUGUGCGUUGUGCGAAUAAAUGCUUCCUCUUUUUUGUUUAAAACCCGCUGCUUACUAAUUUCAUUUGGUGACCCCUAGUUCUUGUGUUAUGAGGAGUAAAUAACACUUCCUUAUUUACUUUCUCCACACUAGUCAUGAUUUUAUAGACCUUUAUCAUAUCCCCCCUUAGUCAUCUCACUUCCAAGCUGAAAAAUCCCAGUCUUAUUAAUCUCUCCUCAUAUGGCAGCCGUUCUAUACCCCUGAUCAUUUUUGUUGCCUUUUUCUGAACCUUUUCCAAGUCCAAUAUAUCUUUUUUGAGAUGGGGCGACCACAUCUGCACGCGGCAUUCAAGAUGUGAGCGUACCAUGGAUUUAUAUAGAAGCAAUAUGGUAUUUUCUAUCUUAUUAUCUAUCCCGUUCUUAAUGAUUCCCAACAUUCUGUUCACCUUUUUGACUGUCGCUGCAGAUUGAGUGGAUGUUUUCAGAGAACUAGCCUCAAUGACUCCAAGAUCUCUUUCUUGAGUGGUAACAGCCAAUUUAGACCCCCAUCAUUUUGUAUAGUUGGGAUUAUGUUUUCCAAUGUGCAUUACUUUGCAUUUAUCAACAUUGAAUUUCAUCUACCAUUUUGUGGUCCCGUCACCCAGUUUUAUGUUCUAAUGAAGUUUCUUGCAUAAUAGCUCGAGAUAUAACCCUUGACCAGACUGAAAUCUCAGGGAAUUGUGGGAUGUCAGACUUCUGUCUGUUGGGUUUCCCCAAGCAAAAGGAACAAACGCAGGUUGGCCAUUGUGGACACAGCAUCUGCUAUCUCAGAAGCAAUGGGAAAGGCAUAUAUGAAACUAGCUGUGAUUUUUUAAAACUUAAUCUGGGGUCAUCCUGCUUCGGGAGUGGCAGCUGAAGAACACAAGCCAUGGCACCUAGAGAUGAAUGAUCUUGUUAAAAUGCAAGAGCCAAAAAGCUUCCUUAAGAACUUCUCAGGAAAGCUGCUGUUCAACAAUACAAACUAGUGUCUGAGCCUAUCUUUUUUCCACUGUACAAUAUCUGUGAAGCAUGGCACAGGAAAUUCUGUUUCUGUGCAGUUUGACUUGGGGGAGGGGAGAAACACACGGGGGAACCUUCCUUGAGGUAAAAUUAAUGUGUCUUUUCUAUUGUAAGCAUCCUGGGACUUUUUAUAUGCUAUGCUUUGAUUUUUUUAGUGCAUUUCUGUAUAUAGUUUGUCACACUAUUUCAGUAAAGCUUUUUUUCCAAUCAGCUUA